AUGGAAGAGGACACAGUGUGCCAGUCCCACAAAAGCCCAUGGGUCGGUCUGACUUGUUCAAGUGUCCACUGUGGAAGGUAUGUGAAUGGUCAUGCAAAAAAAAAUUACGAAGACACACAAAUACCCUUAAUCAACCAUAAGAAGUCAGAAAAGCAAGAGAAAACUCAGCACACGGUGUGUAAGGAUUGCAGUAGCUACAGUACGUACUGUUAUCGCUGUGAUGAUUUUGUGGUCAGUGGCACCAAGCUGGGACUGGUACAGAAAAUCAGAGAACACUUACAGAACUUGGAAAACUCAGCUUUCGCAGCUGACAGGCAUAGGAAAAGAAAACUUUUGGAAAACUCAUCACUAAACAGCAAGUUAUUGAAAGUAAAUGGAAGCGCCACUGCCAUCUGUGCCACAGGCCUGCGGAAUUUGGGGAACACGUGUUUCAUGAAUGCCAUCCUUCAGUCCCUCAGUAACAUUGAGCAGUUUUGCUGUUAUUUCAGAGAACUGCCGGCCGUGGAGUCAAGGAAUGGGGAGACAGCAGGAAGGCAGACGUGCCACACCAGGAGCCGGGGGGACAACAACGUGUCUUUGGUGAAAAAGUUUAGAAAGACACUGUGUGUUUUAUUUCAAGGUAGCCAGGCUGCUUUUAGCCCAGAGUCCUUAUUUUACGUUGUUGGGAAGAUUCUGCCGAGUUUUAGGGGCCAUCAGCAGCAGGACGCCCACGAGUUCAUGCGCUACCUGCUCGACCACCUGCACUUGGAACUCCAGGGCGGUUUCAACGGGAUUUCCCGUCCAGCAAUUCUGCAGGAGAAUUCUGCUCUGUCUGCAAGUAACAAACGUUGCAUGUAA